CCGCCACGCAUGCGCCAUAAUGUCGGCAUCAUUUCACGUGAACUUAUUCGAAAGAAUUUGUUCUUCAACAUUUUACGAAUUGUCACACGUAAACUUGAUCGUAUGGCAAUGAAUUACAGUUGUCUUUGCUUUUUUUCUCAAUAGAACGCGAAACGUUGUGAGGGGAAAAAAUGGUGUUGAACGAUUGUCUGGAAUCGGAGACAAUCGGUUGUGGGUUUAGCGCUUUCAAAGAAAUUGACGAAGUGACUUUUCUAAUUGCGGAAUUAACAAAGGCUGAUCUUUCGCCGAGCCUUAUCGAGAAGAAUCGAGAUCGAUUUAAUUUCAUUCUGUCGCAAUACCAGGACCAAAGGCAACUACUAGACCCGUAUUUGGAUGAUAUUCUACAGCCGUUGAUCGGUAUCAUCAGAGAUGAAAGUUCCACAGAAACUAUGCGACAUAAUGCUUUCAAAUAUAUUUUCAUUGUGAUGUCUGUUAAAACGUACAAGAAAAUUGUUACAUACCUUCCACAUGAGGUAGCAGACCUUCUCCCUGUUCUGCGAAUGUUGGAAAAACAGGAUCCAAAUGAUGUAGAGACAUGGGAAACUCGAUAUGUACUUCUAAUUUGGCUGUCAAUAAUUUCAAAGAUACCAUUUCCACUUUCACGUUUAGAAGUUUCCAAUGUUAAUUCAGAAGAGUCAAUAAUAGUCAGGAUCUUGAAAAUGUGCAAGUUAUUUUGUUUGUCAAAGGAUGCCUGCGCUGUGGCUGCAGUUUUUCUAAUCGCCAAUUUUUUGUCAAGAUCAGAUGUAAAAAAAUUGUAUCUGAAGGAAAUGAUAAUGUGGAGCUUACAGUGUGCAGAAAAUGAUCUUUUAAGACAUGGUCCAUUAGCAGUUGUAGCAGCCAUAUUAAAGCACAGUGCAAGGGAAGAUGUUAAGCCAUAUAUACAAACAAUUUUGGAUAAAGUGUUGCAAUUUCAUCUGAACGACAAUCCUGCGGAUCUUAUACGGAAGUUUGGGAUUAAAAUUGUACAACGAAUUGGACUGGUGCUGUUAGGAACAAAAUUGGCUUCGUGGAGAUAUCAAAGAACUAGUAGACCUAUAUGCAUAGUUCCUAAUAUUAAUACUAACUCUAAUACUGCAGAAAGUGUAGAAGAUGCUAAAAAUGUUCCGUUAAAUCAUGAUGAUCAAGAUAUUCCAUCAGCGAUAGAAGAUAUAAUUGAACAACUUAUACAAGGUCUCAGAGACAAAGCAAUUACAAUACGGUGGUCUGCCGCAAAAGGAAUCGGUAGAAUAACAGCAAGAUUACCAAUGGAUUUGGCAGAUGAUGUUGUAGGAUUUGUAUUAAAUCUAUUUUGUGGUCGUGAAUCAGAUUCUGCUUGGCAUGGUGGUUGUCUAGCAUUAGCAGAAUUAGGAAGACGUGGCCUUCUUCUUCCUCAUCGUUUGAAUGAUGUGAUACCAGUUGUUCUUCAGGCCUUAGUAUUUGAUGAACCAAGAGCUUAUGGCUCAAUUGGAUAUUUGAUCAGAGAUGCAGCAUGCUAUAUUUGUUGGUCAUUCCCAAGAGCAUAUGAUCCUGAUAUAAUUCAACCAUAUGUAAAAGAGAUUGCAGCUACAUUAAUAGUUGUUACUUGUUUUGAUCGAGAAAUUAAUUGUAGAAGAGCUGCUUCUGCAGCAUUUCAAGAAAAUAUGGGAAGACAAGGAAAUUUUCCACAUGGAAUAGAAAUACUUACAAUUGCUGAUUAUUUUGAAGUUGGAGUUAGAAAUCAUGCAUACUUGAAAAUUAGUACACAAAUUGCACAAUAUGAAGAGUAUACAAAGCCUUUGAUUGAUCAUUUGAUUACCAGAAAAGUCACACACUGGGACACAGCAAUUAGAGAACUUUCAGCUAAAGCCCUCUUUAAUCUAACACCUAUUAAUCCUAAUUAUAUUAAGGAUACAAUUUUAUUAAAUUUAUUAGAUAUGCUAAAUUCUAUUGAUUUAAAUGUUAGACAUGGUGCAGUUUUGGCCAUUGCAGAAAUCUUGGAAGCACUAUAUAAUUGUUGUAACGAAGAAAUUGAAAAUAUAAUCGGACUUUUGGCAGUAGAAAAUAUCAGAAAUAUAGUCAACAUUUUUAGAAAAAGAGGACAAUUCAAAGGUUUAGGAGGAGAAUUAAUGAAACAAGCAUGUGCUGUACUCAUAAAAAAGUGUUCUAUUAUGACUGGCAAAAUCUUUUAGAAGAAUGUUUAGGACAUGAAGUGUCUGUAGUAAAAAUAAAAGCCGCUGAAGCACACACGGAAUUUUUCCAAAAGUACUAUGCAAGUAUGAGCAAUCAAGAUCGCAAUAUUGUUAUUAAUCGGUAUCUUGAUAAUUUACAAUCGAGUAAUCAACUUGUUCGAAUAGGUUUUGCACAAGCUAUAGGCCAUUUCCCUUUAUUUAUAAUUUGUGAAAGAGUAAAAGACAUAAUAGAAGCUCUUAUUAAAUGUACUGAAAUAUCAGAAAGUACUUUAAAAUGGGCAGAAAGUAGGAAAGAAGCUAUCCAUGCAUUGAUAAUGGUUUGUCAAACUCUAGGAGUAAAAGAAGCAGAUAAGUGGCAUAUAUAUGUUCACGACUUGUAUGGUUGUUACUUAUUAGCAUUGAAAGAAUAUACUAUAGAUAGUCGUGGAGACAUAGGAGCUUGGGUACGAGAAGCAGCAAUGACUGGUUUACAUAUACUAACAAACUUGGUAUCACAAGCACAGUUAUUUUCUGUAUUAAAUGAGAACUUAAUGGCAAAUAUAAUUGGAGGAAUUGCUCAACAAGCUGUUGAAAGAAUCGAUGGAAUUCGGGCGCAAGCGGGAAUUGUUUUCAGUGCACUUAUUCAUAAUGUUCCUCCCUUACCAAACAUUCCAUAUCAUGCAGAAUUAAAAACUAUUUUUCCUUAUGACGAAUGCCAAGAAAGUAUAGAAUGGCGAAUGGAAUCGGUUACAUUUCCACGAUUUAUUAAAAUGUUAUCUUAUUCUCCUUAUACAAUGAAUCUUUUACGAGGAAUUAUAUUUAGUGUCGGUGGCCUAAAUAUUUUUGAAGAGAGUCAUAAAAAUGAAAGAAUGAUUACAUCGAUGCUAGCUUUUUUAGAUCGCUUACUUAGUUCUGGUUCUAUUCAAAUUAUUCUUGAUGAUUCUGAAAACGGAAUUGCAGAACAGAUUUUGAUGUUACUUAAACAAGAAAUAAAGAAUACAAAUAAUACCAAAUUGUUAAUUAGCAGUAUAAAUGUUUUUUGUCAACUUUUACAGGUACAUGGACCAGUUGCAAAAAGAGCAUUUUGUCAAUUAAGUAUUUUUCUUUGUCAUAAAUAUAAAUGUAUACGAAAAGUAGCUGCAAUAAGGACAUAUGAAGCUUUAACUCUUUAUGGGGAAGAAAUGGAUCUUCCAGAACGAGAUUUAAUCAAAAUUUUGACUGAAUUAAAUGUCACUGACUGGGAACGAUCAGUUUCUGAACUCCGACCAAUAAGAAAUCAACUUUGUGAUUUAAUGAAUAUGUCUGUGAAACAUACAGAGAACUUUCUAAGGAUUUGCAAAGGCAAGUCGGUCAUGGUUACGAUCACGGCUGCGAUCAGGAUUACGAUCAUAGUCAUGGUUACAGUCACGCUCCUGACUUCUCUUUGACGGUCAAUGAACUCUCUCUCCUCUCCUUUUUUUUUAUUCAUUUUUCCUUUCUCUCUAUCCAGUUACAGUUUCCCUAAUGAUGUUGCUAGAUGCAUCUAGAAUCUAGGCUAUUCUAAGUCAAACUCUGCUGCUAAAUGAACUAUUUAUUUAAAACAAUUAGAUAACUUUGUAAUAUUCUUUUGAUAUUAAAUCUCAGACUCUACUAUAAGUUCAAUACAUGUUAAUUUUUUAUAAUAUAUAAAAUAUAUAGUACAACAAUAAUAUAUUGUAUAUAUAAUAUAUUAUAGACUAUCACAUUACACAGUACAUAUUAUAGACUAUUCUGAGACAAAUUCUGUUGCUAUAAAUGAUGAACUAUUUAUUCAAAACAAUUAGAAAAUUUUGUAAUCUUCUUUUGAUAUUAUUAAAUCUAGACCCUCGUAAUCUGUACAAGUUCAGUAUGUAAUUUUUUAUAACAUAUAAAAUAUAUAAAAAUGUGUGAUAUGUAUAUUAUAAGUUUUAACGUAUGAAAAGUUAUAAUAUUGAUUGUAAUUAUAAUUUAAGAAAUAUCUCUAUUUGUAUACAUAUGUUUAUACACUUUUUUUCUCUUUUCUAUCGAUUAUAUAAAUUUAUAUAAAUUCACUUACAUUCAUAUACGAUCUUAGUCAUAACUUGAAUAAAGUACUUGAUAUAUAUGUAGAUAAUGCAUAUCAUAAAAUGAAGUCUUUUCAUUUGAACUUUUAUUGGCAAGUAUUUACGUAACUUUUUUAUAAUAAUGAUAUGAUAUAUAAUUUAUCAUAUCUAAACGAAAAUUAAUAAUUUCUAAGUAAACAGGAUAUAUAAUGUAUGACCUAAAAGUCUAAAUUUAAUCUUAAAUGAAAAAAAUUUAAAACUGUUCUGCGUCCGCAAUUUAUGAAAAAAAAAAGUCAAAUUAGUCUUGUUAGAUACGCUCCAAAGUUUUAAACUUCCUGAAUGAAAAGAAAUGAGAUUCUGAAUAUCCAAUUGAUAUAUAUUUAUUAAUAAUCAGACACUGUUGACCUUGUUUUACUGCUUAUUAUCAUGAAACUAUUAAUCGAUAUAUAAUCUAUGUAUAUUCAUAUAUAUGUACAUAUUAUAAAAAUUUUAUGUUACACAAAUUUCAAGGAAUUAAAUUGUCUCAUUGUUUGAAAAUAAAUUUCAAUUACACAGCGAAAUACCAUUUAAAAUUGUUUUCUCAGAAAUUGAAUUCUGUGAAAGAAAACAUACAUAUUAUUCUGUCAGCACUAUUUGCGCUAAAGUGAUAUAUCAAUUCAAAGUUAAAAAAAAAAGAAAUAUCGAUUCAAAGUUAAAAAAAAAAAGAAAUAUAAAUAGGCAAUAUAUUUAUUUUUAUUUUUGUUAUUCUGUUAUUUCUAUAUUUUAAAUUUAGUUCCAAAUCUAGUUUACUAGCAAUAUACUUGAUUCGAAUUAUGCAUCAUUUUUCAAUUUAAAUUGGUGAAAUUUUAUGACCUUUGAAAAAGAUAAUUAUGGAAGAAAUUCUGUAUCGAAUAUAAAGAGGGCAAAAUAACUGUAUAUCGUUUAACUGUAAAUUGUCUAAGGAACUAAGAUUAAAUUCUUAAUUACAUAAAUCUGUAUCUUUUUUAACGAGGGAGGUCUAAUUAAGAAAUUUCAUUAUACAAUCAAAUCAAUAGGAAUAUAUUUAUACAAAAUUUCAUUUGAUAUAUUUCAAUUUAAAUAAUUGAUAUAUUUCAAUUUAAAUAAUUAAGAAUAUAUAUCAUAUAAAAAUUAAUUUAAAUAAUUAAGAAUAUAUAUCAUAUAAAAACUUUAUUUCAUAAUCUAAUUAAUUAAUAUAACCAUUUUAAUAUUUUUCUCCAGUAUUACAUAGAACUAGCUUUAGUAGAAUUUAAAAUCAUCUUUCACUGGAAACUUAAUGAUUUGUAUGAUUUGGAUGUUUAUAUGAUUGAAAACAUUUUAACAAAAUAUCUAAAUUAUAAUAUAUUACAGAAUAUUAUGGUGUGUUAUAUGUAA